AUGUGCAGAAGUGGUGAUGAUGACAAGGACGAAUUCUACGCGCAGCUGGAUCGUGAAUACGAUCGCUGCCCAAGAUAUGAUGUCAAGAUCGUCCUCGGCGACCUUAAUGCUCAGGUUGGCCAGGAGGUGGAAUACAGACCGGUAAUUGGAAGGUUCAGCGCCCACCAGCAGACGAACGAGAACGGCCUAAGACAAAUCACUUCCAAGAACAUGGUCAUAAGGAGCAUCUUCUUCCAGCAUCGCCUCCUGCACCGAUACACCUGGAGAUCACCGCAACAAUCAGAGAAGAAAAUUGAUCAUGUUCUGAUUAUUGGACGGCACUUCUCAGACAUUAUCGACGUAAGGACCUAUCGGUUCGCUAACAUCGACUCGGACCACUAUCUAGUGAUGGUUAAACUGCGUCCAAAACUAUCCGUAGUGAACAGUGUAAGAUACCGGCUCCCGCCGCGGUAUAACCAGGACCGACUGAGGGAAACCAACGUCGCGACAACGUACGCGCAGCAUCUUGAAGCAGGGCUGCCACCGGAGGAAGAGUUCAUCGAUGCUUUCCUUGAGGACUGCUGGACUAGGACUAAAGCAGCCAUAAACAGCACUGCGGAGAGCGUCCUGGGAUACGUACAGAGGAGUCGACGGAACGAUUGGGCAGCUGGUAAGGAUAGUCUAGGAGCGGAACUCUUCAAGGUGGGUCCGGAAGAAUUGACGGAAAGCAUGCACCGAAUAAUCGAAAGAAUCCGGGACAGAGAACAGUUACCGGAGGAGUAG